AUGGCACCAUCAGGAAAAGGCUACCCACCACCCAUUCCACGAGUUCUGCGUAGCAAGCCUGGUGACCGUUUACCCCCACCUCCACCUUCGCUUCAACUACAGCCAUCACAACCACCAAAUCAAGCUUCAAAUACGUUUUCAGGAUCCUCAAAAAACCCUUCCCCCACCUUUCCCAGUCUCACCCCCAGAUUUAAACCACGAGAUAUCGAUCCUAGACUAGUAUCUGGACCUACAUCUCAACCUCAGUGUCAUCAAGAAACUUCUAGAGCCAGCUCUAGAAUCCGAUCCCGAACAGGGAGUUCACGACCUCCAACCCAAAAUACCUCGCUUUCAAGACCUCGAGAUCUUGUACCUAGACCUAGACCUAGAGCCCUUCUGCAUCUCAUACCGAGGCCUAGGCUUACUCCAAUGGAUAGAGAUUUAUUUUUGGGUCAAGAUCAAGGUCAAACUCAGGCUCAACAAGAUCAGGAUCAAGACCAAGCACAACCUGGAACUCAAACUCGAGCUCCAGAACGAUUGCAUUUUCAAGGGCAAGGUCAAUUCCAAAUCCAACAUCAAGCUCAACCACUACCACGCAUCGAUCCACAGAUUCGUGUUCAAAAUCACGACUUCUAUGCUAAUUCUCCCUAUCCUUUUGCUACUGACGAUUCUCCUUUCUCACAGUCCCAAACAACAAUUGCGCCCGGAAAUCAAAAUUUACACUACGCUUCCCGCCGAGAUAUGCAUCAACCUCAAUCUCCAACAGAAGUCCACUCGGAAACUCAAAAUCGGCAUCGGGAUCAAAAUUUUCAUGAUGAGUUUCCAUUUCCGUUUCCUACUCCACAGAAUCCUUUCUCGAACUUCCAAGCGGGCGUUGGGUCUAGAGAUCAGGAUUAUCAUCGAGGUACCCAUCGUGGUUUAGAUCAAGAUGAAGAUGAGAUUGAAAAUGAAAUCUCGACUCAAGCUAGCAAAUGUCCUCGACUAUCAUAUUCUGAUACUCAUCCAAACAGCAGGAGGAUAGAAAGAAGUAACGGGGACGAAAACAUAUAUGGAAAUAUAGAUAGAGAUGGAGAUAGAGAUAGAGAUGGAACCGCCAAUGAAGACAUAAUCGCAACCCAGAACGAGCGAUACGAUCCCAACGAUACAUCCUCAGAAUCCCCCCUCAGCACACCACCCGAUUCCGUUUCCUCUUCACCACCUCUCCCAGCUCUUCGUAAUCACCCACGCAUUGGCACUUUCACAUCCAAUCCGAGAUUCGACCGAUAUCCUACAAGUAGAAUUCGAACCCGAGGUGGAUAUAGAGCCGAAAAUGGAAAUGGAAAUGUAAUCGCGAGUAGAACCGAAACUACAAAUCCCCACUCACCCUAUAAUCCCUCUAACCCCUUCACAGAACCGCCCGUUCUUCCCAGCACCCUAGAUGGCGCAUAUUGCCCCACUGCUGCGCAGAAAAAAUGGAUGUGUGCUGUGCGGGCGGAAGGGAAAAAGAGUGAUAGAAAUGAAAAUGGGGGGUUUGGUAAGGGGAUUGAGGGGCAGAUGGUUCGGUUGUUUGGGGGAGGGGGGGAGUGGGGUGUGUAG